AUGACACAGGUGCUCAGUGGCGAAGAACAUGAGCUAGGAACCUCAGGGCCUGAAGGCUUUGAUAUGGCCUUCAAAGUCGUAUUGGACGAUGACUCUGACCCUGCAUCCCCGAGAAGCAUGCCGAUUCCCCGGAAAUGGUUCAUUGUGACGACCAUUUGUACAGCGAUUCUGAGCCAAGAGUUCGCAGCUACCCGGCUUAUGUCUGCCACUGGACUGUCGACUUUCGUUUUUGGUAUCGCAUUCGGGCCUUUCCUUUCCGGCCCAUUGAGCGAACUCUUCGGCCGGAAGCGAGUCUAUAUUGUGGCGUGGCUCACCUUCAUAAUAUUCACGAUUCCAUCUGCCGUAGCGCAGAAUAUGAGCACCCUCAUCGCCACUCGCUUUUUCGCCGGGUUUGGGGGCAGCACAUUUCUGUCAGUCUCUGGCGGCACGGUUGGGGACAUCUUCGCCAAAGAUGAAUUGCAAAAACCUAUGGCUUUGGUGUCGUUGGCGUCAUUCAUAGGCCCAUCAUUAGGCCCUUUCUUCGGUGGAUUUAUCAAUUAUCACCUGCAUUGGAGGUGGACCUACUACAUCAUGCUGAUAUGGUCCGUCCUGAUCCUCCUUGCCAUCCUCUUCGUUCCCGAAACGUUCCAUCCGGCUGCGUGUGCGGCCAAAGCCCGCAAGAUCAGGAUUGAGACGGGAGAUGCGAGAUACUGGGCACAAUCAGAGACGACUCGCCAAUCAAGCCCAAAAACGAUAGGGGUCACUCUACUGCGGCCUUUUGAACUAUUUUUUCUGGAGCCAAUGUGCUUUUGCUUGAACAUUUACUCAGCUAUCUUGCUGGGAAUCUUGUACCUCUUCUUUGGGGCAGUUCCACAAAUCUUCCGUACCAACUAUAGCAUGAAUCUCUGGCAGAGUGGACUCACAUUCCUAGGGAUCAUCAUCGGUAUGGCAUUGUCAGUUCUAACCAACCCCCUUUGGAUUCGCAUACGGUCACGAUUGGUCGCUCGACACAGGGAAGAAACAGGCAAAGACGAUACAAGCGAGCCAGAGUACCAGCUACCACCAGCGAUGGCGGGAGGUGUCUUGAUACCAGUUGGCCUGUUUUGGUUUGCGUGGACCAUCCAAGGGACAAUACACUGGGUUGUUCCCAUAUUGGGUUCCUCGUUCUUCGGCUUCGGAUCUGACGAAGAAGGAGCAGCUACCUUUCCGUUGAUUCAGAUUCCCAUGUUUGAUCAGCUUGGCUACUCGUGGGGCACAACUGUCCUGGCAUUUUUGACUGUUGCCAUUAUGCCAUCCCCAUGGCUAUUCUUUAAAUAUGGCAAGUUUCUGCGCAGCAAAAGCAAGUUUGCUUCGACGCCUUGA